AAUACACUCAUACCCAACAUUCUUACCUUUCAUCCCAUUGAUAUUUUUCAUAUUAGAAAGAUGAGUCUUCAACUUGUUGAUGCAUUGCCGCGUCGCGUGGAGACCACAUUCAAGGAAGCAAAAAGCUCGGAAGCGCUCGUCUUUUCAGCAACAGAGGUCGAUGUCAUACGGACUGCAGCAGGGAUCCCAUUCCAAAUUCGCUACUGCCCAUCCCUAGCAAAAAAGCCCGAACCGCACAAGGAAAGAGAGCACAAGAAAUCGGAAGGCGAUAAACCAAAGAAGAAGUUCGAUCCCUUUGAGAGUCCCCCAGCCUCCCUAUUCAUCACAGACAUUCCCUCAAACACUUCCAACCCCAGCCAUUUUCUCGUUUUGAACAAGUUCCCUGUCAUCCCAAACCACUUCAUCCUCGCUACAAAGGAGAACAAACCGCAAACUCAUUUCCUGGAAGAAGAUGACCUGGCGGCGGCUCAUGCAUGUUUGAAGUCUUGGGUUGUAGAGAACGCAUCGAGCACGCAGAAGCAUGAUCGGCUGUUUGCGUUCUUCAAUUCGGGGGAGUAUAGUGGAGCGAGCCAACCGCAUCGGCAUUUGCAGUUCCUUCCCAUCAAAAGUAUGCGCGAUGGACAGACGUCGGAAGAUUUGGACUUGCUCGUCGAUACCAUCCUCGAAAAUGGGGUACCAAUCUCAUCUCCCUCGCCGUCGUCUAUUGAGGAUGAAAGCAUCGAGAAUGAUAAUACAGGAGUCAUCCACCACCCCGGUUUACCCUUCAUGCACUUCGCACAAAGAUUCAGUGCAGAUCCCACUGGGACCGAGCUGCAGAAAAUUUACAGGAAACUAUAUUACCUCGCGCAAGACGCAGUACAAAAUUACUCUCAAACUUCGCAGCGUGGCCUGUUCUCAACUGCUACAGCAAGCGACGGCGAUCUACCAAUAAGUUACAACUUAGCAAUGACCACGACUGGAAUCGCCAUUCUGCCUCGCCGUAGCGAAGGACAUGUACUACUCGGUGACGAUGGAAGCCAAAUCGGAUACGUCCAACUCAACGGUACUGCGCUUGGAGGCACGCUCAUGGUCAAGCAGAAGAAAGAGUGGGACAUGUUACGAAAAUCUCCUGCGGUAUUGGAUGAGGUAUUAUCUUCAAUUGGCGUUCCAAGCUCACGAGCCUACACUGUUCCUCCCAGCCUAUAAUCGAAGACAUAUUGUCAAUCAUACCAGCAAACUCAAUACGCAAAUUCGAAUCAAGCUCUGUUCAUUUGCUGUCUGAUUGUGUGACCAUUCCUACAUAAAUACUAAUUCAACACACUCCCAAAUAUAUAACAGCACUUUUCUGCUCCCUAUUCGAAAGUCAUUCAACCCACCAAGCUCAUUGAACUCAUCCAACUCAUCUACCAAAAGCAACACCCGGCACCACCACAACCAUGGCCUCUUCCCAAGAAAACAACCAAGACUCCAACACCAACACCAACCAACCAACAACCAACGAAGUGACUUCAAACAACGAAGCACUGUUCUACCGUCGCCCUCGCCUCCCCACCGAAGACCAAUUCCCAUCCCAGUGGGAACCCGCCAACGUCAGCCGCGCGCAAUACGCGUCUUUGUCGCGGCAAUACAUUGCCGCUCGUGAUCGCGAGAGAGACGCGACGUUGAGGAGCGGCUUGGUAGUGCUCGCCAACCAGGCGCUCGAACAGAACAAGACGAAUCUCGAGAAACGGCAGAGAUUUCUUGAACAGAGGAAGAAGGAUCUGCAGCAAGAGAGGGAUGUAUUCCAGACCGAAGCGUCACGCCUCAGGCGGGUUUGCUGCGUUCUUGCUUGUUUGACUGCUGGUUUGCUGCUGGCUUUGCUGGCCGCU